CUAUACUCUUCCCCGAUUUAAAGUCGCCCCGCCACACCUAUCAUCAAUGCGAUGCCUUUCGAACUCCGUAAGGGGUGUCCCAAAUGCGCGCAUUGAUAUAAAAACCCAGUAUUUGAAUUUCCAUACAACAUUAGCGCAACCUGACACUUUCCAGCCCUGGAGUCGUUCGCAUUCCCGCCCUGCGAUGACGCCACACCCAAAUUAUCGAUAAGCGACACCCUUUCUUCCACCCACACCAGAAACGGCAAGAGCAAACCAGCCAUCAUACACACUCAAAACCAUGACAUCCACACAAUCCGCCCCGGUUGCUUUACCACGCGUCGCAAUCACUUAUUGCACGCAAUGUCGGUGGAUGUUGCGGGCUGCGUAUUUUGGGCAAGAACUCUUGUCAACGUUUGGGUUGCAAAUCGGUGAGAUUGCGUUGAUUCCGGCGACAGGAGGACUGUUUACUGUUGAGUUGACGUAUAUGCCACCAAAGGAAGAAGGCCAAACCGGUGAAGCCAAGAAAGUGCUGCUGUGGGAUAGAAAGACUGAGGGGGGCUUUCCAGAAACGAAAGUAUUGAAGCAAUUGGUGCGAGAUCACAUUGAUCCCUCGCGAGAUUUGGGGCAUUCGGAUAAGCACGGCAAGAAGAAGGAAGAUAAGGCAGAAGACACAAAGCAGGAAUCAGACGCGAAGCAAGAACAGGGUCAAGCGAGCGGGAGCGUAGACGUCAGGAGAAAUCCAGAUGGUACCGUCUGUGAAGACUGUAAAUGAAUUUAACGGGGGUUUCAUUUGCUAUACGGAGAACCGAAGCUCGCAAGACAAUUCAUUCCACCAUGAAUCAUCCAGCCAUAUGCAGGAGUGUUCUGUA